GUUGCUGCUGCUGCUGCUGUUGGCACAUGGUGGAGCAGAGGAGAGCAGAGGGGCUGAUCUGUGGAUCAGUGCAGCCUGCAGAGGUCAUUCUCACUACACUUGCCACUUGUUGCCAAAGGCUGCUCGAGGCUCCUCCAUUCAACACGAUCCAAGUCUUCAGUGAGUGAGUGAGUGAGUGAGUGAGUGAGAGAGUGAGUGAGUGAGUGAGAGUCAGACCAACUAUCGACACUUGAUGUGUGCGUGCCGGCCUGGAUGCGGGACUGAAACGCGAAGAAGACUCUGGUGAUUGGUUUGAGAACAGAAGCAUGGUUGAUAACACAAGUAUAGCAACUAAAUCUGCUUUGCAAGGCUCUUUCUCGUCCGGCAGCCUUCCCCUCCAGGCUCCCUCCUCCGCCUCCUCCCACAGCAGCAUCGCCUUCCCCGGCUCUCUGACCCAGCAGGCCGGCAGCGGCGGCGGCGGCGGCGGCGGCGGCAUGAAGCUCGAGGCGGUCAUGGAGAACCUGCAGCGGCAGCAGGCGGCGCGCCUGGCGCUGGAGGAGAAGCUCCGGCAGGCGGAGAAGGAGAAGGACCUGCGGCCGCUGGUGGAGUCCCACAUACACCAGCAGGCUCUGGCUUUCCGACACUACCAGGCGGCGAUGCGAGGCGCUCUGGCCGCCGGAGUUACCCACGCGUCCCCCGGCGGACUGACGCUUCCUCACAUGGAGGUCCGCAGAGUGGACGGGGACCGGGACUCCUCGAGACCGGACAGCGACAAGGAGCGGACCGAUACGGAGGAGCAGGAGAUCCUUGAUGAUGAGGAGGACGAUAUGGAGGGCGAGGAGGAGGAGGAAGAGGAGGACGUCGGUCUGAACCACUACCAGCACCGGCUCUCCUCGCUUCAGGGAGCCGGUCAUUCUCCCAAGAGCGCGCCGAUGCAUCUCAUGGCCAGACUCCCGGCAGCCUUCGCCCCGGCCCGGCGCGCUGCUGAGUCCCCGCCGGCGCAGCUGCAGUCCCAGUCCCAGCGCCACGAGUGGACCUAUGAAGAGCAGUUUAAACAGUUGUAUGAGUUGGACGAUGACGAAAAGCGCAAAGAGUUUCUCGACGAUCUCUUCAGUUUCAUGCAGAAACGAGGGACUCCAGUGAAUCGGAUUCCUAUCAUGGCCAAGCAGGUGUUGGAUCUCUACAUGCUCUACAAGCUCGUCACAGAAAAGGGCGGCUUAGUGGAAGUCAUCAAUAAGAAAAUAUGGCGCGAGAUCACCAAAGGUCUUAACCUCCCUACCUCCAUUACCAGUGCAGCUUUCACUCUCCGAACACAGUAUAUGAAGUAUCUCUACCCGUAUGAAUGUGCAAAGCGGGGACUCAGCUCCCCCGGUGAGCUUCAGGCAGCUAUCGACAGCAACCGGCGGGAAGGCCGUCGACAGAGCUACGGCUCAGCCAUCUUCAACUACUCUCCCGUGGGCACCCCCACCCUCCUGUCCUCCCCAAAAAUGCAGAUGUCCCACUUACCCACGCUCACUCACAACAGCGGCCAUAUGGCCCAGGUGCCUGUGAUCAAAAAGGAGGACUCCAUGAUGGCCGGCUGCCUGCCCAGCCGAGUGGCCCUCCCCAUGUCGCCCAGCGGCCACCACGGAUCCGCUGUGGCGGCUCAGGCGGCUCAGGCGGCUCAGGCGGCGGCUGCCAUGCAGGCGGCGGCUCUGGAGCAGCUCAGAGAGAAGCUGGAGAGCGGCGAACCACCGGAGAAGAAGAUGAUGAUGAUGGCAGAGGAGCAGCACAGGAUCAUGCAGCACGCCCUGCAGCAGAACCUGCUGGCCAUGGCCACGCAGCUGCCACUCAACAUCAAACUCAACAACAGAGAUGAUAGACAAGAGACCGCAUUGAACCUGUCUACCAACGGCAUUAGCAGCAUCAACAUGUCAAUAGAAAUAAAUGGAGUUGUCUACACAGGCGUCCUGUUCGCUCGACAGUCGCCCAUCGCAGCGAUGAUGGGACACCGUGGGAAACACAGCAGCUAUCAGACUCAGGGAAAGACCAGUCCCGCACAGUUCCAGCCCUCCUGCUCCUCUUCCUCCUCAGCCUCCUCCUCCUCCUCCUCACUCCAUGGACACAGAAACCCCUCCCCCUGAGUGUCCUGUCCCUCCUCCUCCUCCUCGCACAUCACCCCAGAGGAGAGCCACUGUCUUCCCUAAGACAUGAAGCGGUUGGAGACGUGAUCAUCAGACAAAGUCCAGUAGCUUUUGAAGGUGGAUUUUCAUCCUCCAUCACAUUUCUUUUGUAGGUCACAGCAGCAGACUCGUAUUUACACACUAAACACUUUGGUAAGAGAUCUGUCCGUCCGUCCGUCCGUCUCUUCCCCACUUCUCCUGCUCUCAAUUAGUAGUGUGUGCGUUUCCAGGACAUUUAACCUCUGUGUGUGUGUGUGUGUGUGUGUCAUUAUGGAACAGUACAAAAGCACAGUCGGCUCUCAAACUAAGGUGCAGCCUCGAUGAAGCCAAAGGAAGAAUCUAUCUUGUGCACCGUUACAAUGAAAAGGCUGUGGCCGACCUUCAGCAUCGAUGAACAGUUUGUCUGAGUGUGUGUGUGUGUGUCUGUGUGUGUCUGAGUGUGUGUCUGUGUGUGUUUUUAGACAAACCUCAGAAAAAUCACUGCGUACAGCUGAUACCAAAGAAACGUGCAGCAUCACAUUCUCCCAAUAAGCAACAAACAUCCUAAUGUUUGCAUCUACAAGUGGAUUUUAUCACGUGUUGUGUCGAGAAGUCACACCUUGUGUUAUCAAGGUGUGACUUCCUUUGUGUUUUACUGAGUUAACACCUGUGAAGAUUAAGGUUCAUGUAGAUUCACUGUCAGUGGAGCCCACACCCACAUAAGCCUCCAGACCCUGAGACCUGUGUCCCAGAGGCCGGAGCCCAGACCCACAUAAGCCUCCAGACCCUGAGACCUGUGUCCCAGAGGCCGGAGCCCAGACCCACAUAAGCCUCCAGACCCUGAGACCUGUGUCCCAGAGGCCGGAGCCCAGACCCACAUAAACCUCCAGACCCUGAGACCUGUGUCCCAGAGGCCGACCAGUGUUACAGUCACAUUGUUCCUUCAGGGGCAUUUUUGCUUAAUCACCAGGGCAAUUUCAUCAAAACCCUUCAAAUCAGACUAAAGACCAUGUAACCACUAGCAUAGCACUUAGCUUGCUAUGCUGUUAAAGAGGCGGCAGUUGAGCGUGUUAUCAACACCAAACAACACCAUUGUUGACAAAUAUUAAUGUCGUUUUCAAGCACAGAUUGUCCCAGAACAGCCACUAAUUUCAUAUUUUUAUCAUAAUUUGUUUCAGGAUAUGAAAACGUCAGGUUGCUGCCUUUCAAAUUGUAGAUUAUGAAACUCUUCUGUGGCCCAUCAGACGGUGUGUGUGUGUGUGUGUGUGUGUGUGUGUGUGUGUGUGUGUGUGUG